AUUCACCAAUUAUUUUAUUAAUCGAAAACUACUAGUUCAUUCUAUGGAUCCAAAACAAGCCAAGACCACAUCCGGAUCGGGUCAUUCAUCGACCCAUAAGCCCAACAGCCACCCGAAGCCAUCCAAAUCUGAGCUGAUGUCCAGCGCCAAGCUAGUAGCUGACGCCGCCAAAGCAAAACUCCAUCACGAUCCAAAACAAUUUGAGAAAUCGGAACUCGCCGGAGCUGCCGCUGACCUCCUUAACGCCGCCUCACAGUACGGUAACAUAGAAGAGACAGGGCUCGGGAAAUUAGUCGGAAAAGCAGAGACUUAUCUCCAUAAAUACGAAGCUUCUCAUCAUUCCACCACCACCGCCGCCGCGACUGCACAUACGCAGUCAUCGGGACAUACAGGUGGAGGAAAACAUGAAAAAGCAGGAAGUGGAUAUGGCGAGUAUAUUAAAAUGGCGGAAGGACUUUUGAAGAAAAAUUCCGAUGGGAGUCAGUCGUCGGAAUCUGGUAAAAAAGGAGAUUAUCUGAAGAUGGCCGGAGAUUUCUUGAAGAAGCAUUGACCUAUUUAAUUUUUCUGAAAUUAUGUAUUACUAAUUGUAUUUUGCUCUGAAAGUUCUAUUUUAUGUUUGGAUAAAAUGUGAUUUGUAAUGUGUGGCUAGGCUGCAUUACCACUUGUGUUAAGCCAAUUAAUGAAAAUAAAUUUGUUUUAGAGAA